CUGCAAACUGAAACAAAAGUGACUGCAUAAUCACGGUAACAGCGAUACAGAAAGGUCAGAGAUACAGAAAGGUCAGAGACUCUACCUACAAAGACUGAUAAUGGGUCCUAAGGUUGAUAUGCCGCACCCCAUAUGUCUGGUUGAGAACCAUGAGAGUAAUAUCGCUGUCAACCGAGAGGCUGCAAAGAUUCUGAAUGAUAUCAAAGAGCCAGUUGUGGUAGUUGCAAUAGUAGGAAAAUACCGAACUGGAAAAUCUUAUCUGAUGAAUAAAUUAGCAGGCAAAAGUCAUGGUUUCGCUCUGGGAGCAACCAUCCAGGCACAAACUAAAGGAAUUUGGAUGUGGUGUGUGCCUCAUCCAAAUAAACCAAACUGUGUUUUGGUGCUGCUGGACACAGAGGGAUUGGGAGAUGUGGAUAAGGGUAAUAGUAACAAUGAUUCGUUGAUAUUUUCUUUGGCUGUACUUCUGAGCAGCAUCUUUGUGUACAACAGUCUGGGAACUAUUGACCAAGACAGUUUGGAGAAGCUGCAUUAUGUGACAAAGCUGUCUGAUCUGAUAAAGCUGAAAUCAUCACCAUCAAAUGAGGAGGAUGAAGAUGAGUCUGCUGAAUACAAGAGGACCUUUCCAUCUUUUGUAUGGUGCAUCCGGGAUUUCUCUUUAAAGCUGGAGCAGGAUAAGAGGCCAAUUACUGAGGACGAGUAUCUUCAGAAUUCUCUAAAGCUGAAGAAAGGAGUUGGAAAAACAGUUUCAGAUUUCAACUUACCCAGAGAAUGUAUCAAACACUUCUUUCAUACACACAAAUGUUUUGUGUUUGAGCAACCGGUGCACGGAUCGCAACUUCACAAUUUGGAAAAUCUGCCACAAAAUCAGUUGGAAAAACAAUUUGUGCAACAAAUGCAACGAUUCACUAGCUAUGUAUAUCAGAAUAGCCAGCCAAAGACCUUGGCCGGUGGAUGUGUUGUGACUGGAAGAAUGCUGGGCACUCUCACAGUCACAUAUGUAGAAGCGAUAAGGAGUGGCUCAGUUCCCUGCAUGGAGAAUGCAGUGACAGCUCUUGCAGAGAUAGAGAAUACAGCAGCCAUACAGGAUGCUUUGUCUUCAUAUGAGGUUGACAUGAACGAGCUGGCAAGCAAGUUUCCAACAGAAACGCAAGAGGAGUUCUUAAAUCAUCAUAGUGCGUGUGAAAAGAAGGCAAUAAAAGUAUUUUUGAACAGAUCGUUUAAGGAUGACAAACGAGAAUAUCAGGUCCAACUAACAAGUUUUUUGCAAAAGAAAUUUGAGGAGUUUUCAAGAUGCAACCAAGAAAAAUCUAUCACAAAAUGUAGAAACCUAAUUAAGCAACUAAAUGCUAAUAUGGAAGAAAAGAUGAAACGUGGAGAUUUCUGCAAGGCCGGAGGACACAAAAUAUUUGCAAAAGAAAAAGAGACUCUGAUAAAUGCUUAUAAUAAUACCCCUGGCAAAGGAAUAAAGGCCAAUGAUGUCCUACAAGAAUUCAUAGAGAGUAACAAGAUGAUGGAAACUUCUAUACUAAAGAUGGAUGAAUCGCUGACAGAGAAUGAAAAAGAAAUGGAGAAUAACAGAAUUAAACAACAAGCAGCAGAACAGAAAUUGCAGUUGGAGAGGGAAAAUAUACAACGCUUGGAGAAGAUCAGAGAACAGCAGGAAAUCAAUUUUCAGCAGCAGACACUGAUGUUAAAGGAGAAGAUGGAGGAAGACAGACUAAAGCUAUUGAAAGAAAAUGAGUGGCUGAUUGCACAGAAACAGAAGGAAAAAGAGGACAUGAUGAAAGAACAAUUCCACCAGAAGGCACAAAUGUUGGAAGAACAGAUUAAAGAUUUGUCGAAGAAGAAUGAACAAGCAUCUAGCAGUAGUUGGAUAGAUACAGGAAUAGAACUUUUCACGGAUGCUGCUUUGGUUUUAAUGCCUGGUAUUGCAGGCAAGGCUGCUGUGGCUUCAAAAUGGCUAAGAAGAUUGUUUUAAUGGAAUUUGAUGGUGGAGUGAAAUACCUUUAUUUAAUACCACCAUGGCAUCAAUACUAGUAUGUGAGAGCACCAUUGUCAGACCACUAAGUUUAUCUCUGCUAUAGAAGAGUUGGUACAUUUUGCUAUUAUAACAGUUAGUCAGAUUUAUAGUACACAAAACAUAUAUCAUUUGGUAGUAGACUACACAUUUUUAUCACCCGAUCGGAUGCUGCUAAGUAGCUGUCUAUAUUGCCUUUUGAAAGGACAUGAAACUCAAUUUUGUUUCCUUCAUGAUACAGAUAGAGCAUGCAAUUUUAAAUAACUUUACAAUGUAUUCAAUAAUCAAAUUUGUUUUGUUCUCUUUGUAUCCUUUAUUGAAAAGUAGACCUAGGCAGGCUCAGAAGCUGCUGAUUGGUCACUGCACAUAUAUGCAUCUUGUUAUUGGCUUUUAUCAAGCUCCCAGUAGUGGGUUGCUGUGCUUUCAACAAAGGAUAAUAAGAGAAUGGAGCAAAUUAUAUAAUAGUUGUUUAUUGGAAAAUUGUUUAAAAUGGUAUGCUCUUUCUGAAUCAUGAAAGAAAAUUUUGGGUUUUAUGUCCCUUUAAGAAAUAAAGCUCCAUGUGACUGGACUGGUAUGCUAACAAAGGGGGCAUAUUUCUGUAUUAAACAUUUUCUAGUGUUGAUCUGGGUAAUGUUAGUAUAUACAAUAUGAGCAUAAUACUAAAAUAACUUUGUAUGUUCCCUUUUUUGUUGUUGUUUUUUUAAGCCUUCAAUGAAAAGCAGAACUUUCCUAGUAAUCUAUCCUUUGGUUGUCUGCAUAUAUUAUAGUUUAAAUAUAUACUUAAAUUGGUUGAUUUAUUCAUUAAUUGAUAAAAUAGGGUUCUAUAUUUUAUAAUGUAUUGCAGUUAUAUGCAAGAUAUUCAAAUUCAGGGCUAUGCAUUAAUGGUUUUGCCGUCAAUAUCACUAUUGAUACAAAAUGUUAUAUCUUGUGGUUAUUCGCUUUGAUGAAAAAACAGUGUUAUAAAAGAAUGUUCUUAUAUUGUAUAUAUACUCACUAUAAUAAAGGCUGUAGCUGUUUGCAA